AUGGGGAGCGGUGCCUUUGCCCUGGCGCUUGCCCUGGCCCUGGCAGCGUGUGUCACCCCUGCGGAGAGGAAGUGCCUCCUCUCCGGGUCGUGGCGGAGCAACAGCGGCUGCCGGAUGGUCGUGUCCGUCCUCGGCAAGGACGGCAGCUUCUCCGGUUCCUACCUGCCGGGGCCUGCCACCGGUGACUCCGAAAUCCUCACCUCGCCACUGGAGGGGUCCCAGCAGGACGCAGGGCUCGUCUCACAGCCCAUCUUCUCCUUCACCGUGCGAUGGCAGCUCCGAGACUCAGAGGCGGCCCGGACGACUGCCUUCCUGGGCCAGUGCUACGUGGGCACCAAGGGCGAGGAGACCCUGCAUGCCCUGUGGCUCCUGCGAGAGGCAGCUGACAGCCCCGCCGAGGACUGGAAAGCCACCCGGAUUGGCACCAGUGUGUUCACCCGGAUAAAAUAA